CACCAUGGCUAGAUUCAGGCUCAUCGUUCUACUUAUCUCAUUAAAAUUUUGGUUUGUUCCAUUUGUAUAUAGUUUGGGUUCAUCUCAUGUAUGUCGGGCCUAUUGUGGUAACAUAACUAUAGAUUACCCUUUUGCUCUUCAACCCGGAUGUGGUCAUUCGGGCUAUAGAGACCUCUUGUUUUGCAUCAAUGAUGUCUUAAUGUUCCACAUUAGCUCAGGAUCAUACCGGGUUCUAAACAUAGACUACGCUUAUCGUUCAAUAUCAUUACACGACCCUCAUUUGUCCACUUGUGACUCCAUCGUGCUAGGAGGCAGGGGAAACGGUUUCGUUGUGGAGCAUUGGAGAUCCCCAUACUUAAACCCAAGCCCAGAUAAUGUUUUCAUGUUAUUGGGUUGUUCGACCCAAUCACCACUAUUCCAAGGCUUUCCAACUGGGAACCAUGUACCAUGUAGAAAUGUUUCGGGUAUGGGCUGCCAAGAAUAUUAUGGUUGUGAAGGUUGGAUGGAUCUUGGGCUAGCCCGUAUGGGCUUAGCUUAUGGGACAGGUCCACCAAUUUGUUGUGCAUUACCUUUUGAUGCAAUCAAGAGUGUAAACCUUAGUAAACUAGAGUGCCAAGGGUAUAGUAGCGCUUAUACCCUUGCACCUUUGCGAGUGAGUGGCCCAUCCGAGUGGACUUAUGGGAUACGAGUCAAGUAUGAUGUGGAAGUGAGUAACGACUCGUUUUGUAAAGCGUGCGAGGCAACACGAGGAUCUUGUGGCCAUGACGUGGAACGCCUUGGCCAACUAUGUAUGUGUGGAAGUUGGAAUUCUACCUCAAACUGCGAUACACUUAUGAAAUUAUCAGUUGGAGGAACUUCAUCAUCAGUGGAAAAGAUAACAGGAUUAUUGAUUGCCACAACUGCCUUCUGGUUAACGUCUUUUCGAAUGUGAAAUGUCAUUAUCAAUUCAUUGCAAUCUAACUUUGGGGGAAAGAAGACACCACCAAACGUGAAGAGAUACCAAAUGUGCUCUUAUGUAUUCCUUUAAUUAAUGAAGUACUUAAAGUGAGGCAUAUAUAUAAAAGCCAAAUAUAGAAAAAGAUAGGCCACCUAAUUUAGUGGGAGUUUCUUAUAUAAGCAUAUUGAGUGAAAUUUUGUUUGAGGAUGUCUUGUGUUUGGUUUUUAACUUUUUAUCUUUUAUAAGGAAA